AUGGAGAUACGAUUCGGUUCGGUUGAUUUCUCCAAAUCUCAAAUUAGGGUUUCGUUUUCAUCUCUUAAUGUCCUUCGAUUCGCUCUGAUUUUCACAGUUUUCAUCUCGAAAUCAACCUCAAUUUCACAAGCUUUCUCCGAAGUUCCGUACUCUCAAUACUGUAAUGGCGUGGUUCCGGAAUCCGAAUCAACAGAAACUCAAUUAUCGGCGGAUGCUUUUCUCCGGUUAGAUAAGGCGGUUUAUAGCUUAGGAUUUGAAAAGCCUCGAUUCAAUUUCAAUCCCGUUUUCUCUCAAAUCGCAUCGUUUUCCACCCGAAAGGCUUACGGGACUAAAUCGAAGGGGAUUUUUAAGGUUGACGCGCUUCUCAACCUUGUUGGGCCGAACAUUGUUGAUUAUUUUUCCGGCGAUAUUACACGGCGAAGAUUACGGCUUGUUAAGGUCCGGCCACCGAGGAUUGAGCCUCGCAAAAACGUUGGAGCUGAGUUUAGGCUAUUCGGGUUUUGGGAUUCUGAUUCUGGGAAGCUAUGUAUGGUGGGUUCUGGAUCGGUAAGCUCUUUACGCUCCAUUAAUGUUGUUUUCAAGCUCAAUUAUCCCAAUUCUUCUGUUCUUGAUACCAGUUUGGUUAAUGGGACAUUGCAAAGUAUAAUGCCUUCGGGUUCUGCUACUUAUUUUAAACCUAUUUCGAUUUUGGGUGUUUCACGUAUGGGAUAUAACUUCAGUUUCAUUGAUGAAGAGAUCAAAAAUGGCGGUUUUAGUCUUUAUGAUGGGAUGGAAAAUGUUUCUCUUAGCUUGCCUGAUUCAGAGACGGUUUACGGACAUGGAAUAUGUUCGAUCAUAACAUGGGGUCUUCAAUUUGAAUUGGAUUACAAUCGGUACGAUUGCGAUAAUGCUUCUUGUAGCCUUCAAACUGUAGGAGAUGAAAUACUACCUCGAUUCAUGUCGAUUAAAGUUGUUGAUUGUUUGAAGGAUGGGAAAGUGAGGUACAUUUUGCAGUUUUCGAAUUCGAGCUAUGGCAAAGGUUUCUCGUAUUAUCCGCUUACUAGCUUGGUUGGAGAAGGGGCAUGGGAUCAGAAGAAGAAACGCCUCGCGUUAGUCGCUUGCCAACUGUUCGAUAAAAUGUCUAAAAGAGGUUGUUCCAUUAGGUUAGCAUUUAGUUUACCUUCGACUCUUAGUUUAAAACAUCGAAGUAGCAUUGUGGGUAAAAUGUGGAGUACCGAAAGCAAGAAUCUUGGCCACGUUUCGUUUCAGAGUCCUGCGAACCUAAACUCAAGGAUCAAGAAUACGUUGUAUGAGUAUUUGGAACACGAAAAGGUCGGAAAUUUGUGCACAAAAAGUCUCGGUGGUAAACCGAGUAGUAAAGGGACGUACCCGGACGAGCAAUCUCCAAACUUGAGAUUCGAUAUGAUGGUUAGAAACAAGAAAGGGCAAAUGGCAUACGGUUAUGCAUCUCCGUUUUACGUAUACGACAAAAUUUACUCGCCGUUUGCCAAGAUCGAAUUCCGUCACAAUUCAAGUAACGGGUACGUUAACAUUAGCUAUGUGAUGAGCUUCACGACUCGUGGCGAAUUUGAGUUUGGCGGUAAAGUUCCGGCACAUAAAAUGGUUGAAAUUUCGGCCGAAGGUACGUAUAAUACCAAAAAUGGAGUUGUAUGUAUGAUCGGUUGUAAGCAUAUGCCGUACGAGAAGUUCCAGAAGAAACGAUCGUUGGAUUGUGAACUUCUGAUUGACAUAAACUACUCACCGUUGAAUGGAAAAGACGCCGGAAUGGUUGUCGGGAGUAUCAAAACCUCCCGAAAGAAAUCCGACCCGCUUUACUUCGAACCUGUCGAGUUUGGUUCGAGCUCGAUAACGACGGUCCAAGCCAGAGAAACGAUAUGGCGAAUGGACCUAGAAAUCACCAUGGUUCUGAUCUCCAACACGCUCACUUGCAUUUUCAUCUGUUCGCAGCUGUUUCAUGCGAAAAAGAAUCCCGAAUCGCUUCCCUUUGUUUCCGUAAUCAUGUUGGUCGUUCUCACGUUAUCGCACAUGAUCCCGCUGUUGCUCAACUUCGAAGCAAUUUUUCUCAUAAACCGGAAACAGAAUGUGUUUCUUGGCACCGAUCAAUGGCUCGAAGUUAACGAGGUGCUGGUUCGAGUCAUUACAAUGGUUGCGUUUGUUCUCCAGUUCGGUUUGCUGCAACUCACUUGGUCGUCAAGAAAUGGCCCCGAGAGCCCACAAAACCUGUGGAUAUCCGAUAAAAAGGUUCUUUAUGUAUCGAUUCCGUUAUACAUAGCCGGUGGUCUAACCGCUUGGUUCGCACACUCCUUAACAAACUCGCAAACGAAACCGAUUCAUAUCGGUCGACAACGGUUUCACGCCCACAAUUCGGGAACUCUCUGGGGCGAACUCAAAUCUUACAUCGGUUUAAUUCUUGAUGGAUUCUUGAUACCACAGAUCGUGUUCAACGUCUUCUGCGACGCCCGUGUACCGGCUCUGGCUCCGUCGUUUUACGUCGGAUCCACCAUCGUCCGCUUGUUGCCGCACAUUUACGAUCUAUAUCGAACGCAUAGUUCGUCAUGGUCUUACGACAAGAUUUACGCAAAUCCAGGGAUGGAUUACUAUUCGACUACUUGGGACGUUGCGGUUUGUUGCGGUGGGACGAUUUGCGUUCUCGUGAUUUACGUUCAGCAACGAUUCGGAGGCCGAUCAGUGUUGCCGAAGAGAUUCAGAGAGAGGGUUUUGUACCAAAAAGUUCCUGUUACUACCCAAGAACAACAAGUUUUCUGAGAUCAUUUGGUUGUAAUUGUUCUUGAUGAUGUGAUGUACACUUAGAUGUUGUAAAAGAAGCAAUUUGGGCAUUUUUGCCCUUUAAUCAUAUCGA